AUGGAGAAGCAGGACGCCAGCGGCGCCGUCAAGGCGGAGAAGUCGCCCCAGCUCUCGUCCGAUGGCGGCGACGCCGAGAAGCAGCUGUCCAAGGAGGUCGCCCAGCAGUUUGGCAGCCGCGUCGAGUCGAGCGCCGUCGACGACAUCUACGAGCGCAAGUGCUACAUCCUCAACAAGGUGCUCAACGAGCACAUCGGCAUGGGCAAGGUCCAGUGGCAGGUCUUCUUCCUCUCCGGCUUCGGCUGGUUCUGCGACAACAUGUGGCUCCAGGGCGUCGCCAUCGCCCUGCCCCAGGUCUCGCGCGAGUUCAACAUCCCCUCGGACGUCCGCUGGAUGACCUUCUCGCUCUACAUCGGGCUCAUCUUUGGCGCAGCCACCUGGGGCAUCCUCGCCGACGUCAUCGGACGCAGGCCCUCGUUCAACAUCACCCUCUGCCUCGCAGGCAUCUUUGGCAUCGCCGCCGGCGGCGCACCCAGCUUCGUCGGCCUCGGCGGCCUCUUUGCCGCCCUCGGCUUCGGCCUCGGCGGCAACCUCCCCGUCGACGGCACCCUCUUCCUCGAGUUCGUCCCCGCCAACAAGCAGUACCUCCUCACCCUCCUCUCCGUCUUCUGGUCCAUCGGCCAGCUCGUCGGAAGCCUCAUCGGUUGGGCCUUUAUCGCAAACUACUCUUGCAGCGGCGACGAGUCCAACACCCCCUUCGACGGAUCCAUCCCCUGCAACACGGCGGACAACAAGGGAUGGAGGUACUUCUUUUUUUGCAUUGGAGCGAUCACUUUCGUCUUCUUCUUGCUGCGUUUUGCCGUCUUCAAGCUGCCCGAGUCGCCCAAGUUCUACCUGGCCAAGGGGCGCGACGCCGAGGCUGUUGCGACGAUGAAAGAAAUUGCGCGACGCAACGGGAUCGAGCUCGGUGACGAUGUGCUCAGCGUCGAGAUCCUUCGCAGUGCUGCUGGCCAGGAGGCCGACAUGGAUGCCGCCCACCACCAGGUCGAGGAGGAGCCCAAGGGUAUGGCCGCCAUCACGUCGCUGCCUUCGCGCGUCGCGGGCAGCUUUAAAAACGUCAGCUUCACGCCCGACCUGUCGCACAUCAAGCCCCUCUUCCGCGGCGCCAAGAUGGCCUACACCACCUCGGCCAUCUUUAUGCUCUGGUCGCUCAUCGGCCUCGCUUACCCGCUCUACAACGCAUUCCUGCCCAUCUACCUCGAGAGGGCGCAGGGCGUCAGCGGAAGCUCGUCGGUCGACGUCACCUACCGCAACUACGCCAUCAUUUCCAUCUGCGGUGUGCCCGGCUCGAUCAUCGCCGCCUACCUCGUCGAGCUGCCGCGCACCGGCCGCCGUGGUGCCAUGGCUCUGGGCACCCUGCUCACUGGAAUCUUCCUCUUCGCCUUCACCACGGCCAAGACCAACGGCGCCGUGCUGGGCUUCAACUGCGUCACGGCCCUCACCCAGAACAUCAUGUACGGCGUCCUCUACUCGUGGACGCCCGAGACGUUCCCGGCGCCCCACCGCGGCACCGCCGACGGCAUCGCCUCUUCGCUCAACCGCAUCUUUGGCGCCAUGGCCCCCAUCAUCGGCAUCUACGCCGUCGGAUCGGCGCCCAUCUACGUCUCGGCCAGUCUCUUCAUCGCCGCGGCCCUCAUCAUGGUCACUGUGCCGUCCGAGACCGUGGGCAAGAACGCGCUCUGA